CUCACUGCUGAUCGCCAGGCGGCUGAGAGGGACUGGGUGAUGCUGGGUGGCGGGAGAGGACGCGGGGCGUGAGUCCUGUUCCACGGGUCGCCGGAGUGGCCGAGGCCGGUCCCAGCGCAGCGGCUCUCCCAGCUCUGCCGCUCUCCCCGGACUUAACAUACGGUAUAAAAUGGCUGACAUUUUAUCCGGAUAAGUCACUGCAGCCCUCUGGAAAGUCGUCACCAGGUGCAUUUGAGUAAGAGUCUGAGACUAAUUCAGAAAACGCAAAAUGGCCCUUAACUCUUCUGCUGAUGAUGGCAUUAAAAGAAUCCAAGAUGACUGCCCGAAGGCUGGCAGACACAGCUACAUUUUCGUCAUGAUUCCCACCCUCUAUAGCAUCAUCUUUGUGGUGGGAAUAUUUGGAAACAGCUUGGUGGUGAUCGUCAUUUACUUCUACAUGAAGCUGAAGACUGUGGCCAGCGUCUUUCUUCUGAAUCUCGCCCUGGCUGACUUAUGCUUUUUGCUGACACUGCCAGUGUGGGCUGUCUAUACCGCCAUGGAAUACCGCUGGCCUUUCGGCAAUCACCUGUGUAAGAUCGCUUCGGCUGGCAUCAGUUUCAACCUCUACGCCAGUGUGUUCCUGCUCACUUGUCUCAGCAUCGACCGCUACCUGGCCAUCGUCCACCCAAUGAAGUCUCGCCUCCGCCGCACGAUGCUGGUGGCCAAAGUCACCUGUGUCGUCAUCUGGCUGCUGGCUGGCCUGGCCAGUCUGCCAGCUGUUAUACACCGAAAUGUAUACUUCAUCGAGAACACCAAUAGCACAGUUUGCGCUUUUCAUUAUGAAUCUCAGAAUUCAACCCUCCCCGUGGGGCUGGGCCUGACCAAGAAUAUCCUGGGCUUCAUGUUCCCUUUUCUGAUCAUUCUCACUAGCUAUACUCUUAUUUGGAAGGCUCUAAAGAAGGCUUAUGAAAUCCAGAAGAACAAGCCAAGAAAUGAUGACAUCUUUAGGAUAAUUAUGGCGAUUGUGCUUUUCUUCUUCUUUUCCUGGAUUCCCCACCAAAUCUUCACUUUUCUGGACGUGCUCAUUCAGCUGGGCGUCAUCCGUGACUGUAAAAUUGCUGACAUUGUGGACACUGCCAUGCCCAUCACCAUCUGCAUAGCUUACUUUAACAACUGCCUGAACCCUCUGUUUUAUGGCUUUCUGGGGAAAAAAUUUAAGAAAUAUUUCCUCCAGCUUCUGAAAUACAUUCCUCCAAAGGCCAAGUCCCACUCAAGCCUGUCUACAAAAAUGAGCACACUUUCCUAUCGUCCUUCAGAUAAUAUGAACUCAUCGGCCAAAAAGCCUGCUUCUUGUUUUGAGGUGGAAUGACAGAUUCAAAGCCUACUGGCAAGGUAAUGCCCUGACAGAAGCCAGGGCAGUGUCAGACUAAAUGGCUCAUGACCAAAGGAACAUUCACCCCUGCUUCAGGAUCUAAGCGCUUUCAACAGACUGUAGAUGUCAUCUAAGGCUCUGAAAGAAAGCUUUGACAAGCAACCAAGCAAAGCCACUCUUUGCCACAUCUUUCAUCAAUAGAUGAUGGCUGCCCAGAGGAAGAGUCAGGAGCUGGAUGGAUUUGUGGGUUUGGAAAACAGUUUGCUGGCAGAAAUGCAAUCUCACCAGUCUCCUUUUGCUAUGUUCCUUUUGAUUUCCACAUGAAGGUAUGUAGAACAUGUUAAAUAUUUAGACAAGCAACAGGAGACGGGAGGUGAAGAUUAUUUGUUCUGCCCAGUUCCCAAUGGGCAAAGAGCCUUUUUUAUCCCUUUAGUCAUUAGUAAUGGCAAUCCAUUUGUCCCUGUUAUUGUGCAUAUUGGGCAAAGAUUUGCUAAGCCGUAGUCACCAAGUUUCAGGACCCCUUUGUAAAACCCAGCCAGUGUCUCACAAACGUGUACUGUUGCUAAACAAUGCCAGCUAGUGUUGUGUGUUUAUGUAACAGUGUUACCAAAGUCACACAUCAAAGUCACACUGCUUGUAGUAACUGUGACUUCCUAAGUACAUCAGCUUUAUUUCAAAUCUGAGAACUGUAUACAGCUGGUGGUGAAUAUAUCAUACAAUCUGCCUUGUUCUCUAAAAGAGUAUAUGUUCUCCUCAUGUAUGUGUAUCUAUUAUCUCUAAACUGUCAUGUGAUGAAAAUCUGGCAAUGUAUGUUACCUUGAAAUAAAGUAAUUUUAUUGUAA